AUGAUGCUCAACCCUCCCCUGGGUCACUCCGAGGAGGAGGAGAAGGUGUUGGACGAUGAGGACAAUGAGAUGAGCCAAGCAGAGACUGGCCGUGUGGACAAGAACAUCCCCUUGGUGACAGGGCAUACGGCCCCCGUGCUGGACAUUGACUGGUGCCCCCACAAUGACAACGUCAUUGCCAGUGCCUCCGAGGACACAACAGUCAUGGUCUGGCAGAUCCCUGACUACAUCCCCAUGCGCAACCUGACGGAGCCAGUCGUCACCCUCGAAGGGCAUUCCAAGCGUGUGGGGAUCCUGACUUGGCACCCCACAGCACGCAACAUCCUACUGAGCGCAGGGGGCGACAACGUCAUCAUCCUCUGGAACGUGGGCACUGGGGAGGCGCUCCUGACCCUGGAUGACCUGCACACCGACCUCAUCUACAAUGUCUGCUGGAACCACAACGGGAGCCUCUUUGUCACCACCUGCAAGGACAAGCACCUGCGAAUCAUUGACCCCCGGCAACACCUGGUUGUGGCAGAGAAAUUCAAGCCCCACGAAGGCGCCCGUCCCGUCCGAGCCAUCUUCAUGGCCGAUGGCAAAGUCUUCACCACCGGGUUUAGCAAGAUGAGCGAGCGGCAGCUAGCGCUUUGGGACUUGGAAAGGUUUGCCCCCCACGAAGGGAUGCGGCCGAUGAGGGCCGUCUUCACCCGCGACGGACUCGUCUUCACCACGGGGUUCACUCGCAUGAGCCAGCGAGAGCUGGGACUCUGGGAUCCGGGGGACAGCAGCAUCCGGUACUUUGAGAUCACGGACGAAGCCCCCUACGUCCAUUACCUGAGCACCUACAGCAGCAAAGAACCCCAGCGAGGGAUGGGCUUCAUGCCCAAGAGAGGCCUGGAUGUCAGCAAAUGCGAGAUUGCCAGGUUUUUCAAGCUGCACGAGCGCAAAUGCGAGCCCAUUGGUUAUGACCGUUCCACGAAAGGUGAGCAAAUUGGAAGAUUCGGGGGACCGUGGUCUGACCUCUUCCAAGACGAUUUAUAUCCUGACACGCCGGGGCCUGAACCCGCACUCGAGGCAGACGAGUGGCUGUCGGGAAAGGACGCGGAGCCUAUCCUGGUUUCGUUACGGGACGGCUAUGUCCCCGUCAAGAACCGGGAGCUCAAGGUCACCAAAAGAACAUCCUGGACAGCAGGCCCCCCACGGGCCACGGCGAAGCCAGUCCACUUGCGACACAAAUUUUUCGGUGAGUUUUUCUCAUCCCCUCAGGGGCGGGAGAGGGAUGUCAACUUGACGGCUCGUUCUGCGUUGGAGGAGCUUCUGGAAGAGAUCCGGUCCUUGCGGCAAACUGUCCAAGCUCACGAGAAGCGCAUCUCUGACCUGGAAAACAAACUCUGGCCAGUUUCACCCAACGGGACGGACUAG